CCAUGGAGUGCUGACAGAUCUCAAUGUGACCUGUCACUUUCAUACGUCGGGCUACAUAUCCCGGUAUCCCGCUGCUCAGACCCAUGUUUACCUGGAAGCCGGAAAAUGGCGAGACCAACAAUUCACACCUGCUGCUAUGACUGCGUCCCAUGUUCAGAAGGAGAGAUAUCCAAUAUAACCGAUUCUGACAGCUGCAUUAAAUGCCAAAGUGAUGAAUGGCCUAAUGAGAAGAGAGACCGAUGCCGGCCCAAAGUAGUGGAAUUCAUCUCUUACCAGAAUGACACCAUUGCUUCUGUCUUCUCCUGUGUCUCGGUCUUCGGAUGUCUUGUGACCGGCUUCAUAUUUGGAAUAUUCAUUUCCCAUCGAGACACUCCUAUUGUUAAAGCCAAUAACAGGAACCUGAGUUAUCUCCUCCUGGUCUCCAUCAUCCUCAGCUUCCUCUCUGUCUUCUUGUUUCUGGGUCGUCCCAAUGAUGUGACUUGUAGAUUACGUGAAACCAGUUUUGGAAUCUUCUUCUCAGUAGCCGUCUCUUCACUUCUCGCCAAGACUGUGAUGGACCUGGACACUGACUCUUAUCCUGGGAAGAUCAUCAUUCAGUGUAAUGAAGGCUCAGAUAUCUGGUUCUACUCCAUGUUGGGUUAUCUGGGGUUCCUGGCAGCUGUGAGCCUUGUUCUGGCUUUCAUGGUGAGGACAUUACCGGACAGUUUUAAUGAGGCCAAGUACAUCACCUUCAGCAUGCUGGUGUUCUGCAGCGUCUGGAUCUCCAUGAUCCCGGCUUAUCUGAGCACUAGGGGAAAGAACAUGGUGGCUGUGGAGAUAUUUGCAGUAAUGGCUUCCAGUGCUGGACUUUUAAGUUGUGUAUUUUUCCCAAAAUGUUUUAUUAUUUUGUUUAAAUCUGAAAUGAACAGAAAAGCUGACCUGCUGGGGAAAAGAAUGAACUGA